GUAAUCUAUUACGUUUAUCUUCUGCCAGAGGGAGAAACUGCGACUCUUUGAGUAGUUGUGAAAAUUUUGAGCGCAGUUAACGAGUGAAGGUCGACAGCGGCACGUGCCAAGUUUCGUUUUUCAUUAAUUCAGUAAAUGGUUGAUUCUUUUAAGAUGUUUUGAAUGUUUGAUAUUGACUCUUAAACUAUCAAUAUUUUGAGGCGGUUUAACGCACACAUUAUACAUAAAUCAGGAUUUUUCCGAUGAAUUAAGCAAAACCAUGGAUGUAUUAACUGCAAUCCUUAUAGCUUUAGUAAUAUUACUGUUACUAAACCCUGCAAUAGAGUUUGCGCAAGGUUUUUGGGGAUUUUUAGUAAAAUUGUGCAAGUUCAAAACAAUUGAUUUAAGGAAGACGUAUGGCGAUUGGGCAGUUAUAACAGGAUGUACCGAUGGGAUUGGAAAAGAAUAUGCCAAAGAACUAGCAAAAAGAAAAAUGAAUCUUGUCCUCAUAAGUAGAUCGCUGGACAAGUUGAAUAAGACUAAAGAAGAAAUUCAAGUGAUCAAUCCUACGAUUGAUCUUAAAAUAAUUCAAGCAGAUUUUAGCAAAGGGAAGGAAGAGUUAUCAAAAAUUAAGAGUCAAUUGCAAAACAUUCCUGUGGGAAUAUUAGUUAACAAUGUUGGAAAACUCAAUGAAUAUCCUAUGUAUUUAGAAGAAUACAAAGAAGAAGACUUAUGGGACAUAAUUAAUCUUAAUAUAAGUACGCUCACGCUUAUGACUCAUAUGCUUAUUGAAAAAAUGAAAAUAAGUGGUAAAGGAGCGAUUGUAAAUUUGUCUUCAGCAUCGUCGUUCGUGCCUUUGCCAUUGCAGUCGGUUUAUUCUGCUAGUAAAUCAUAUGUUAAUUUUUUUUCCGAUGCUCUCCGAGAGGAGUAUUCGACGUAUGGAUUAACAAUACAAUGUCUCACACCGUUCUAUAUAGAUACACAAAUGAUCGGAUAUUCUAAACGGUUUAAGAAUAAUCCAUUUGUUCCUGAUCCAGCAACGUUUGCCAGAAGUGCCAUAGAGACUUUAGGAAAAAUAAAUUCGACUACUGGAUAUUGGGUACAUGAUAUACUGUUAAUUUCUAUCUUAAUACUCCCUAUGUGGUUUAGGUUAAAGAUUGCUUUUUUUAUUAAUAAAACCACGCGACGAGACUAUUUUAUAAAACAAAAAGAGAAAGUAGUAGAGUAAAAUAGUUUUCCAAAUUAUUUUCAUGUACAUUUUGUAUUAUAUGCUGAGAACUAUUACUUUAAUGCGAUAACGGAGGUGAUUUUAAUAUUUUUUAACUCCUUUUUAUGUACGUAUCACACAUGUUUUUAAAGAUAAAAUGUUUACUUCCAACCCAGAUUUUAGAAUUCUAAAGAAAAUCAUAAAUGAUUAUGUAAGGUCCUUCGUACUUUGUUAAUAAAAUAACAAUGAUAAAUUAUCAAGUA